AACAAUUUCUUUAAAAGGUAAAUAUACAUUUAUACGUGUAACUAAUUUCUUCGUAACAAUACGGUAUGCCCGUAUGACCAAAACUGAUCUGAGCCGGUCCAUUUCGGGGGUAUAUUCGGUUUCGGUUUGAAAUACCAGCCUUAGUUAGAAUGCAACUGUCCGUAGCUGAUCCUAGCUUAUGUUGUCAUAGUAGAAACAUCGAUUCCCCGACAAGACAAGCCCCAAGUUCCAUCUUCAGAACCAGAACCUUCUCGUAACCGAUUAUAAAAUCUCAAUUUCGAUCCUCAGCUUCUCUCUCUUGAGUCUUGAGCUUUCCCUCACCUCGAUCCUCUCUAUCAUCAGCCAAUGGCAUCGCAAGCUAGCCUUCUCCUCCAGAAACAACUCAAAGAUCUCUGUAAGCACCCUGUUGAUGGAUUCUCCGCCGGACUCGUCGACGAGAAGAAUAUAUUCGAGUGGAGCGUUACCAUUAUCGGACCUCCAGAUACUCUCUAUGAAGGAGGAUUCUUUAACGCUAUCAUGACCUUCCCGCAGAAUUAUCCUAAUAGCCCACCAAGCGUGCGGUUUAUUUCAGACAUGUGGCAUCCUAAUGUUUAUUCUGAUGGUCGUGUUUGCAUAUCUAUUCUUCACCCUCCUGGUGAUGAUCCAAGUGGUUAUGAGCUUGCUAGCGAGCGCUGGAUGCCUGUUCAUACUGUUGAAAGUAUUAUGUUGAGUAUUAUAUCUAUGCUCUCUGGUCCCAACGAUGAGUCUCCUGCAAACGUUGAAGCUGCUAAAGAGUGGCGAGAGAAGAGAGACGAGUUCAAGAAGAAAGUGAGCCGGUGUGUCAGAAAGUCUCAAGAAAUGUUGUGAUCAACUUCAGACUUCAAGUUUCAUCGAAGUUCUUCAAAUUCCCUAUCUGAAACUUUUCAAAAUUGUCCAGACACAACUUGUUAUAACCCGGUCUACAUCUUGCGUUUGAGAACCAGAGCGUUCUGAAAAGUGUUGUUCUUGAGAAACUGGCAAUCAUAAUGAUAAAUUUUAGUACUCUUUAAGAGAAUGCUUUAGUGUGAGGAAUGAUUUGCUCUCUUAUUUUGCCCUGUUGGCAGUU